UGAAAACACAUAAACUGUCCACAGUGCCAAAGGUGGUAGAGGUUUAAUCAAAUCCCAAUCAAAGAAGAGGGCGGUUCGUUCUGCAAAAUUGGUGCCAACUGUCUAGUUCGGUGCUUACCUUACACCACACGUGGCAGUUUUCCUCAGCUUUCAGAUUUGCGAGAAAGUCACACACACUCACCGCUGCACCUCAUCGAAUCAAACCAAUGACUAAUUGGUCGCACCUAUGCAUUUUCUCAAACACCUGGUGUUCAGCAUUUUUCCAUGUUUUCCAUUGAACUUGUUUCCCCUACAUACCGAUGACGAGGAAUGCCUUCGCUGCUCUCUACCGACACCGCGCUCCUAUUCUUAAAUCCGCUCAUUUAUAUCACGACAGUUUCACUGAAAUUAUCUUGCGCAAAUGCUUGCAGUUGGAUUGCCCUUCCUCGUCAUGCUUGCUGCACCGAAAGUCAUAUUCAACUGGUUUCACCAGCGUGCAUGGCGAAACUCCCUCUGCUGAGUAUGCGAGGAUGAGGAGGGAAUCGCUUGAAAGUAAAUUUGGGCAUGCUCUUGGAACUUAUAGUUCGAAGAGUUUCAAUGCUAUCUAUGGGUUUGGCCCCUUUUUGGCUUUGUACAGGGCAGCAAUUAUUUCAUUUCAUGUGUUAAGGCUAGCCAUGUGGCAAUUAUUCGUUCAAGACAUGAAAAAACGUGCUGUUAAGUUUCGUGAAACUCUAAUACGCUUGGGUCCUUUCUAUAUCAAGCUUGGGCAGGCAUUGAGCACUCGGCCUGACAUAUUACCAACAAUAUAUUGCCAAGAACUUGCCAAGUUACAGGAUCAAAUACCUCCGUUUCCAACUGACGUUGCAAUCAAAUCUAUUGAGAGUCAGUUUGGUGUUCCUAUUGAUGAAAUUUUUAAUGACAUCACCCCGUCACCUAUUGCAGCAGCAUCCUUGGGGCAAGUAUAUAAAGCUCACCUGCAUUCUGGAGAGCUGGUUGCCGUAAAGGUACAGAGGCCCGGUAUGUCUCUUUCAUUGACUCUUGAUGCUUUGCUAUUCCAUAUGAUAGGGGGCCAAUUAAAACGGUUUGCCAAGGCUCGGAGAGAUCUUUUUGUGGCAGUAAAUGAAAUGGUUAGGCACAUGUUUGAUGAAAUUGAUUAUGUCCUGGAGGGAAAAAAUGCUGAGCGCUUUGCUACUCUAUACUGUUGGUCUUCUGAUGGGAUUAAACACGAGAGAACAAAUGCUGUCAAAGCUCCAAAAAUAUAUUGGGAAUACACAUGCUCCACUGUGCUGACUAUGGAGUGGAUUGAUGGAAUUAAGCUUACAGAUGAAACAGGCUUGACUGAAGCUUCUUUGAACAGAAGGAAGCUCAUUGACCAGGGAUUAUACUGCUCUUUGAGGCAAAUGCUUGAGGUUGGUUAUUUCCAUGCUGAUCCUCAUCCAGGAAAUCUUGUUGCAAUAAAUGAUGGAUCAAUUGCAUAUUUCGACUUUGGAAUGAUGGGGGAUAUUCCUAGGCAUUAUCGAAUUGGACUUAUUCAAAUGAUUGUGCACUUUGUUAAUCGUGACUCUCUAAGCUUGGCAAAUGACUUCCUUUCUUUGGGAUUUAUUCCUGAAGGGGUUGAUGUACAUUCAGUUUCUGAUGCGCUGAAAACGUCAUUCGCUGAUCAGACUGGUGAAUCUCAAGAUUUUCAGGGAAUUAUGAACCAACUAUAUGACGUCAUGUAUGAAUUUAAUUUCUCCCUCCCACCAGAUUAUGCUCUUGUUAUAAGAGCAUUGGGAUCGCUAGAAGGCACAGCUAAAGUUCUGGAUCCUGAUUUUAAAGUCAUUGAGAGUGCAUACCCCUUUGUCAUUGGGAGACUUAUAGCAGACCCAAACCCUGAUAUGAGAAGAAUUUUGAGGGAACUUCUCAUUCGUAACAAUGGAUCCAUAAGGUGGAACCGGCUAGAACGCUUGGUAGCAGCAAUAUCUGAACAAGCUUCUGAGAUAACUGGAGACCCUAGUUCUGAAAAGUUUUCAAGUUCUUCUGUUUGGAAGUUAUUUGACAUGCACGCUGUUGUUGAUUCCACUGAAGAUCUUUUAUUAUUCAUAUUAUCAGACAAGGGUCUUAGAGUGCGUCUUUUCCUUCUUCGGGAUAUAAUAGAAGCAGCUGAUGUGUUUCUGCAAAAUGAAGUGAUUGAUUGCGCAUUAGAUGAGAAUCCUCGAGGGCAGAGAAAAUUACUAUUUGAGGAGCGUGAUAUCAUGGGUAGGAUUGGAAAAGGGUUUGAUUAUCUUUGUGAAGUAGUGAAGUUGGCGCCAGCGGAGUGGACAGCAAUGCUUAUUCGGAUGUCCGUUAGGCCCGAGGUUCACAGAUUUGCUUUAGAUAUUAUUUCAGCUAUAGCUUUGCAUUCUAGCCACAAAUUACAGGUAGCUUUUUGGCUCUAUUUGUCAAGACUUCUUCACAAAAUGACAAUUUGAGGUACCAAUAUUGUCGUUGACACUCAUUAAUUAGAAAUAGGUGAGUGUUUUCCUCUCUUACA